AUGUCCGCAUGUCCAGCCUGCGACCGUCCCCUCGUCCUACCUCCUGCAUUUGCAUAUAUUGCUCUCAAGUUCCCUCGAAUUAGAGCCUCUCUCGAUUGUGAUCGCACAUUGCCGCGUUGCAAAGAAUGCGAUCAAGCAGCAGCUGAAAAACGAGCCGCUGAUGCAAUCCUCCCGCCACCGUAUUAUAUCAAUCCUGUCGCGCAAAUCAAGAAACAAAUCGACUUGUCGCAAGAAUUGAUCAAGGCAGGAGUGCGGCGAGAAGAACUGGAGAUGGAACUUCCUGCUUUAAUGAAAGAAGGGCUAUUAAGAUUGCAGAACAGGAAUGCAAACAUGCGAAGUGCCUGGCAUGAAUAUUGGGAGAUUUGGGGAUGGCAACAAGGACAACCUCGACCUUGA